GUACAUGGUGAAGGUGGAGUCAGAUUCCAGAACUGGGCUAGAACAUAUGGAUCCUCUCCAGAAAUGCAUUUCCAGCCAACAACAGUUGAUGAGAUCAGAGAGAUCUUGGCUCUGGCCAGGCAGAAAAGCAAGAAAGUGAAAGUGGUUGGUGGUGGACACUCCCCAUCAGACAUUGCCUGCACAGAGGAUUUCAUGAUCCAGAUGGGAAGGAUGAAUAAGAUCCUUGAGGUAAAAGGAUCUGGCACUGGUUUAGGAGCUGUGUCAGAUGUGGCAGCUGCUGGGGUCAUUGGAACGGGCACUCACAACACUGGCUUCAGCCACGGCAUCUUGGCCACUCAGGUGGUAGCCAUGACACUGUUGACAGCUGCAGGGGACAUCCUGGAGUGCUCUGAAACUGUGAAUCCUGAACUCUUCCGAGCAGCCUGUGUACAUCUGGGUUGUUUGGGCAUCGUUCUCACAAUCACGUUCCAAUGCGUCGCAGAAUUCUACUUGCAAGAAACCACCUUCCCUUCUACGCUCAAGGAGGUUCUUGACAACCUAGAUAAUCACCUGAAGAAAUCUGAGUAUUUCCGCUUCCUUUGGUUCCCUCACAGUGACAACGUGAGCAUCAUCUACCAAGAUCAUACCAACAAGCUCUCUUUGAUGACUUCCAGCAUUGACUCUCCAGUCCCCACCACCACCACCACCGUCCUGGCUGCUUCUGCAAACGCAUUCCUGCCCUUCUUGGUAUCUUGGAUCAACCGCUUCUUCUUUUGGCUCCUCUUCACCGGCAAAGUGGAAAAUGUGAACGUGAGCUACAAAAUCUUCAACUAUGAAUGCCGAUUCAAGCAGCACGUGCAAGAUUGGGCCAUUCCCCUUGAGAAAACAAAGGAUGCUCUUCUGGAGCUAAAGGGGAUAUUGGAGACUAACCCCAAAAUGGUAGCCCACUACCCAGUAGAAGUGCGCUUCACCCAAGGGGAUGACUUCCUCCUGAGCCCCUGUUUCCAGAGGAAUAGCUGUUACAUCAACAUUAUCAUGUACAGGUGA